AUGCGGCAGUGGGCACAUUCAGAGUUGGAUUCCACACCAUCGGGGCGCCCUUCAGGUAAGCGACGUCCACGUGUUAUUGGCAGUCCAUCCCUACAGGAACUCUCUGCUAACAACUUGCAGGUAUUCCUUCGCUCACCAGGCAGCGGCGGUGUAGGCCGUGGUGAUGAUGACGAUGACGAAAAUGUCCCACGUGUGCGUCUCUCGCGACACAUUCCGCAGCGUGAAGGAAUGGACAUGGCUGUUUCUUCCUACAAUCUCACCACUACGGCAAUGACAAAAACAACAAGCAUAAUAACACCCAACCCCAUAUCUACUAUGCCAAUAAACGGAGGAGGAGCAGGUGGUGGUGGAGGUAAUGGAGCUAACGGAGGUGGACGUUCACUUCCUCUCUCUGCCACUACUUCUUACUCUAGUGCAUUCUCAGAGUCCUUUGUUUCGGAUGACUCAUCCUAUGCGACGUCCAUUUAUAACGAAGUCCUUGCUGAGCAGUUGAGUAGUGAGGGUACUCAAGGACAUCGCAAGAUUGGUGGUGAUGUACUGCGUUUUGAUAACACAUGCGGUGUUUAUAAUCGUAAAGGAUUACUGAAAUCUGGUGUUGCUAUUAGUAGUAGUAAUGGUGGUGGUGGUGGUGGUGGUGGUGCUAUAUCAUCUCACAGUGAUGGUAGAGGUAACUCCUAUGAACGAGGUGGUGGAAGAAUUCUGGGUCAUACUUCUGACUCAAGACUGUUUGAUAGUUCUCCUACAGGGAGAGCGCUUAUGUUAAAACGUCUAAAACCUUGUAAAUCGGUACCACAGCGAGUGCUUUUCACUAAUCCAGAGAGGGUUCUUGAUGCACCGGAAUUUCCAGUAGACGCCUCCCAACUUCUUCACUGGGGAACUAAUAAUAAACUCAUUAUAGGGCUUAAAAAUUGCCUUUAUGGAUGGAAUUCUGAGACUACUCAGGCUUCUAGAAUUGUUCAACUGCAGGAAAAUAUGCAAAUUCGAGCAGUUCAUUGGCUACACAAAUGUACAUGUACUGCACUUGUCUUGGAUGAAGGUACAACUGCGAUUUAUGACUGUCGUCGAGAGGAGUUUUUACGAACACUGCGUGUACAACUUCCAUCUGGGGCAGAGUUUACUCAUCUCGCUGUGAAUGGUCCCCUUCUCGCUAUUGGCAGCAGUACAGCCUGUGGUGGUGUGUACGUAUUCGAUCUCCGAGCGAAACAGGCCCUCAUUUCAGUUUAUGAAGGCCACACCAGUGGCAUCACCUCUCUUAACUAUUGUACACAAGAGCCCUUUUAUUUGGCUUCAGGAGGAGCAGAAGGUGCGGUACGUGUGUGGGACGCGCGGCGUAGUAGCUGUCCACGCUAUGCCUUUGAUAAAGUCCACCGCGGCUCCGUAAAUUCUAUUCUGUGGAAUCCCGAUAAGCGCAGUAAGAUGUACACUGGAGGACAAGAUGGUAUGUUGUGCUACGUUGAUACACACGCACCCAUGACAAAUCUGUCAUCAGCGAUGCGAGGUGAUGAUGAGGGGACAAACACAGACACACAUUCUAUUGUACGAGCUAUUAACACGCUAUAUCCCAUUACCGGUAUUGUAUCACCGCCAGGAGUAGGGGAAUUGUCAACAUCACAUCGAGGGAGUGGACAAAUUCAGGUUCGCAACACCAAUAAAUUUCACCUUAUCGGCACACUCAGUUCACCAAAUUGUGAGGCGAGCAUUUCCUGCAUGACACUCGCACCUGAUAUGGAAAGAAUUUGUGCUGCACAAGAUGAGACAUUGAAGUUUUGGCGUGUGUUUGGUCCAGCCGUGCCAUUAAAACGAACUAAAAGCGCCACACCCCCGCCGCCGGUUUCACUGCUGGAAGAGGAGCUUCGAUAG